AAAGAAAAACAGAGAGAGGCUUAUCUUCAAAACUUUUUUUCAGUCAUAGAGAAAACAAACGAAUCCACAAAUGGAGACAGUUGUGGCUACAGUUUUUGUAUCCCCUAUAGUCAAGUUAUUAAUCACCAAAAUGUCAAAUUAUUGUUCCGGCGAGAUUGCUCUUGUCAGGGGUUUCAAGGAUAAACUGGAAAAGCUUUCUGAGACAUUGGAGCUAAUUGAAGCUGUAUUGGGCGAUGCUGAGAAGCGACAAGUAGAAAAUGAUCGGUUAGUGAGUCUCUGGUUGAAAAAACUCAAAGAUGUCGCUCAUGAUGCUGACGACAUUUUGGACGAACUUCAAUGUGAAGAUCUUCGGCUUAAAUUGGAAAAUGAAAGAAACAUCUUGCGAUUAUUUCCCCCGAAGCAAUUUGGAUUUGGAUAUAAGAAUAAGAUGGCUCAUAAAAUUAAAGAUGUGAAUAAAAAGUUGGAUGAAAUCACACAAGGUAUGGAGAAAUUCAAAUUCCUUAAUCAGCUGGGUACUACUUCUGGUCCUCAUAUUACUGUAAUGAAUGAGAAAAGAUCAGAAACAUCUUCGGAUAUUAAUGAUUCAUCUGCUAUCGUGGGAAGGAUAGAUGAUAUAUCAAAAAUAUUAGAUUUAUUAAAACAAGAAAGUGAUUCUGUUGUUCGCAUUUCUGGUAUGGGAGGGAUUGGCAAGACCACACUUGCUCAAUUGGUGUUGAAGGAACUAGCUGUUAAUAACGAAGAUUAUUUUAAACUCAAAAUUUGGGUUUCUGUUUCCCAGAAAUCAGACGCCAAGGAGAUAUUCUGUGACCUCUUGGAAUCCAAUAAAGAAACCACGUCAAGCUUGGAGACCAUCAAAAAUCGCCUGAAAGAGAAACUCAAGGGGAAAUGCCUGAUAGUACUUGAUGAUGUAUGGAUAAAAAAUGACAACCGUGGCAUCGAUGUAGAGCAGUUGUUAAAAGAUAUUUUGUCUAUGAGUGGCAACGGGAGUAAGAUUCUUAUUACUAUGCGAAGUGCUGAACCUAUCCAUCCGAUGAAGGAUUGUCGAUACAUGAUCUACCAAUUACAAGGUCUACCCGAAAACGAUUGUUGGUCUAUUUUUGAGAAUAUGGCAUUUGCACAUGGAGGUGAAAAUUGGGAAUGCAAGGACCCAGAUCUGAUCAGCAUAGGGAAGCAAAUUGCGAGCAAGUGUGGAGGAAUUCCUCUAGUUGCAAAGACUCUCGGGGGUUUGCUCUACUCUAAAAAAGAUGUGUCAGAAUGGUUAUCUAUCUUAAACAGCCAAAUUUGGAAUCUCCCAGCAGGUGAAAAUAAGAUCAUGUCGAUAUUGAAGUUGAGUUACGAUCACUUAUCACCAUAUGUGAAACGAUGCUUUUCGUAUUGUUCAAUUUUUCCCAAGGGUCAUUAUUUCAUGAAAAAGGAACUUAUCAGGAUGUGGAUGGCAGAAGGAUUCCUUAUCAAUAAUGCAUCUCCAGAAACUGUUGGUAACGAUUACUUCAAAAACUUAUUGCUCAACUCUUUUUUCCAGGAUGAAUGCAGGAAUAAAUGGGGGGAUAUCAAG